GCGCACUUUCUAAUUUCAUCUUCCUCUAUUCAAUAAUCCAGUAUAUAAUUUAAAGAGAGAAAUGAAAACGACAUACAUAUGUACAAUGUACUGCAUUUUAUGUAUGAAAUCAAGCUCUCUCAAUAUGAGAUUAUGAAUAUAAAAGAUUUCGACAGAAAUCUUGUCUUUGGUAUAUGUAUAUAGUCCGUGUGUAGAAAUAGACGCAUGUUUCGCAUGAUUAUUCACAUUGAUUCAUGUUUCCACAUUGACUAGACUUCUAAAAAAAAUCGUUUAUUAAAUUAUACAUACUAUAUUCCAUAAAAAAAAGAUUGAAAAAAGUGAGAUAGAACAUCCAUAAAAAGACGUGGGUUUUGGUGAAAAAUUGAAAUCGCGACAUCUAUUGUUAAAACAGUCGCACUCAUUCUAGGGGUCAAUGUGCUUUUACGGCUUUUACUCUAGAACGUACAGGCUGCGCAAAUUUUUCCGUUAGUGCGUUUUCGUACUACGUCAAAUAAACGUUGUUCUGUAUGGUUGUGCUUCAAGUUGUUGCCCUUUCAAUUAACAAAAGCAGUGUACAUUAAGAAAUGGCGAUAGACUUCAAUCCAAGUGAUCCUGAGAUACGGUUAUCAAGAUUUCUUUAUGUUGGAAAGGAAUAUUUAGAUUAUCAACCAGGCAAUUGGUUUGUUCACAAUUAUUUUUUGGCCAAAAAUGUACCAUCUAUAGAGGAAUUAGCUGAAAAUGCAGAAAAGCAAUUAGUUCCAGUCGAAAUAAUAAUAAAGGCAUUUGAAAGUAAUCUUGUUCCAAAUCCAGAAACAUUGGUAUUUGCACUUGCCGUGUGCUGUAGACAGAUGAAAAGCGAGAGCUUGAGACAUCAAGCUUAUGCAACUGUGAAUAAAAUUUGUGCAUCGCCACAACAUUUUAUUUUGUUUAUAAAAUUUGCUUCCCAAAUAAGCAAGCAAAAAGAAUUGAAUUCAUCUGGUUGUUCAAAAAAUGGGUGGGGCCAGGGUUUCAGGAAAGCUGUAAAUAACUGGUACUUAUCGAAAACACCAAUGGAAUUAGCAAAAUGCGUAACAAGGUACAAAGGCAGAUAUGGUUGGAAGCAUAAAGAUAUUAUAAAGUUGUCCCAUCCUGUACCUAAUACUCCUGGAGGAGAGAUAGUCCUUAAAUACAUAGUACGUGGCUUGGAUGAAAUUGAAAUGCAAAAAUAUGCAGAGGAUACUAGAUUCGCAGAAAUAAUAGAAUACAUUAAAAAUGUAGAAGAUUUUAAACACUGUAGGGAUGACGUGCGAGCAGCAGGUCUUUUAGAAAUGCAUAAUCUAACAUUGGAUCAUGUACCUGGGCAUUUGCUUAAGUCCAAAGAGAUUUGGGAUGUGUUAAUAUCAUCAAUGAAUUUAAAUUUGCUAUUGGCCAAUCUACAAAGAAUUCAUAAUCUUGAAUUGCUGAAAUCAAACACAUUAACAGUUACUAAAAUAAUAGAUCAAAUUGUUAAUGAAAGCAAUAUUGCUCGAGAUAAGGUUCAUCCAGCUUUAGUAUUUGUUACGAUACGGGAUUAUGAAAACUCAGGAAAGCCACUGUCAUAUGAGAAAAGAAAGAUCAAGGAGCAGUUUUAUAAACCACUACCGGAUCCGCCCAGGCCAAAUCCUAAGAUCGUCGAUGCUCUUUAUAAAAUGUUAGAUCUUUCAUUUCAUCAUGUUCAAGCGACCGGUUUACGUUACAUGAUAACGAUUAAUAUGAAUAAAGUGAUGUUAGAAACACAUACCUGGCGCAGUGGUAAUGUGAACGGUGCAGAAGCAGGAUGCAUGAUCGCACUUGCGCUUCUUCGCUGUGAGAAGAACGUCACCGUUUCGAUAUUUAAAAACGUUGGAGUUCUUACUGUCAGCAUUGAUAAAAAUGCUCCGUUUGACCAGGCAUUUACGCAUUUACGGCAUAUGCCCGUUGGAAAUGUAAAUUUAGGUAAACCGAUUUCAUGGGCUGCUCUUCAGAAUAAUAAGUACGACGUAUUCAUUAACGUCGUUGACCGGAUAUUCGAAAAGUCAGACACUUUUGAAGAAGCUCUUCAAGCAUACAGAACGAAGAUGCAACUUCCAAAUGUAAAGUUGAUCAACUGUGCUGUAUGUUCUUCUUCAACUACUUACAAAGAAGAACGGGAUAAUAAUAUCUUAACGAUCCAUGGUUUCGAUGCCAGCGUUCCUGUAGUUAUACAGGCUUUCGCAAAGUCACUGUUCUAAUUGCUGCAUGUAUAGCAAUUUCUUCUUUGGCAAGCAGUACUAGCUAAGUAAUCACUAUGUUUUUAAAACGACAACAAUUUGAUUCUUUUCUUGAAUCAUUUUUACGACAUUGUCAAUUAAAAAUUGUUUUAACAUAUUUAAAUAUUUACAAUCAGACUCGAAAAGAAAAAAGAUAGUUUUCAAUUAUCUAUAAGUGUUGCUAGUCUAACACAGUAAUCAAGGCAUGCAAUAGUUUAACGAAGCUCUACUUUAAAGGUAGAACUGAAACAAGUCUUGAGUUUUCAUUUUUAUUGAUCCUCCGGUAUUAAGACAUUAUUGUUGAAAACUAAUGUGUAUGGAUAUUCAAAUCCUAAAGAAUGACUUGACUUUUUCUCUUUCUUUUGAGUGCCGAAGACAUUUUUUAAUCAAACAAAACUUUCUUCCGUUUAUUGUGAAGCGAUAUUAUACAUUCAACUUUAGUACAAAAUCUUGAACGUAAGAAAUUAGGUACGUUCUUUUUCUUGUGUUUUUUUUACUAGUGUUUGACGUAUCAUGAGAAAGAAUGUUCCGGCACUGAAUAGAGUUAUUUGGUACUAACGCCUAUCAUUAUGAUUAUAUUGUAUUAAUACUAACACACAUUAAUAUUAUUCAAUAAUAUUUACUGCAUGUUUUUAGCAUUUAGGGUGAGCUGUGUAACCUAUAGUGAUUUCAUUUUUGUGUUCCACAGGGUGGUCCAAUUCUGUAAAUAUUUGUUUUAACAAACGGCACACCGAUCAUGCGAAUUAAUAAUCGUAAAGUAAAUGAAUGUGAUACAUUCUGUGAUCGAACAAUCAUUCGAUUAGACAAAAAGGUAAAUGUCUUGAAUACCUAUGGACCACUUGUUAUCAUUUUGGAACAGGAACACGUUUACAAAUUGAACGCUUUCCAUUUUAUAAAAUCAGUUGCGCAGCUAAAUAAAAAAAUAAAUUAGGAUAAGACUGCAUAUUAGAUACAAAGCGAAGUAUCUAAAGAUAAUAUAAGGUGCCUUUUUAAUUAAUGGUAAAAAAGAUACAUUUACUUUAGUACUAUUGCCUGCUUAUUUCCACUGGUUGACGGUAAAGCUUUCGAUGAUAUUCUGAAUAAGAUAUAUAUAUAUAUAGAUUUUAAUGCGAUUUUAAAAACGAUACAACUCCGGGACUGGUGCGCUUCUGGCGAUUUGAAUAAGAAUUAAAAAACAAAGAUAAAAAAAAAACCGGAUAGAAUGUUGAAAAAUUUUCCACUGUGAUAUGCAUUUAGCCCCAAAGAAUAUAGACUUACAUUAGUAUAAUUUUACUGUUAUAUUUCAUAUUUGCCAUAUCCAAAGUAAAUACGACAAAUACUAAAUACAUUACUGAUACUAAUACUGUGAUACAAAGUACAUUGUUAUUGUUCAAACUAAGUGAAAGGAUAAGCGUAAACGAGGCCAGAGGCGCACCACAUGUCUGUUUCGUUUGUUGAUUAGUACAUACCUAUAUCUUAUUAGAGCAUCAAAUUUCGUUCGUUGAAAAAGAAGAGCGCGACACACACACACACACACACACACACACACACACACACACACACACACACACAAUUCAGAAGAAAUACCUCUUUCUCGAAUUCUUUCUUGAUCUUUGAAUUACCAUAUUACUGAAAAACUUUUCGGUUUCAAAAGCGAGAAGUCGCUAAAAAGUAACUGCGUGGAUGGAACUCUCAGGUCUGAAAAAUAUUUAAAUUAAGUGCUUAAUGUUCACGUGUUCUUUGCAGCCUGCUUGGUAAUUCAUAGCUCGAUGGAUCAUUUUAACAGAAACACGUCCCUACGAAUAUAAAUUUUAAUUGUUUCGUAAAGCGUAAAAAAGAAGAAAAAGGUAAAAUAACAUUUACGUAAACACGGUAUCACGUUUCAUAGUGUAAGAAACAAACUAAGCGUUAUAGGUAUAUGUAUGAGCAUUGUUAGAAACGUAUAGUUGGUGGAAGCAGUGCACAUGGUGUUCCAGUCAAAUUGGGCAUAAUAAAACACACUCGAAUUAUAGUUGGAAUAUAUUUCAGAAAUUACGAUUUAAUUACUUGAGAAAUUCGUUCGGACUCGUUUCUUUCUUCCUUAUUCUAUAUGACUUCCACCAUUUAUACUAACCGUGAGGGUUGUAUUUCUUUAAAUGAAAUUGACUUCGUAGUCUUUAAAUUUUAGUUGCGCGAUGCUUUGUCGAGGAUUCUAUAAACAAUAAGUUCCCGAAA